GAACUAUUUUUGCUAUAGGUGUAACCGUAUUAGGUUUAGAUUUAUUAUAAUAUGCGGAUAAUGUUAUAUUACUAAUAUUUAUGUGUUUAUUUACUAGCUUUCAUGAGUUGUUUUCAAUUUAAUUGGAAUUUAAAAACAUUUUGUUGGUAAUUAAACAUAAAUCCCCAAUCUAUAUAUGAUAGUUAUUUGCUAUAACUUAUACUAAGUAUUGCUACUUUGUGGAAUUUGGAAGAAAAUUMAAUUGUACUGCUAAUUGCUAUUAGUCACUGUCUAGUUGUUUUCUCAUUCAGYAAUAAAUAUGUUUGCUUCAAUGUUUAAAUCACUUCUUAAUAAAUCUGUUAUUGAUGCCAAGAAGGAAACAAUGGGGUUGGAAGCUGAAACAGAUAAAAUCACUAGAAAAARUGUCGAAGACAUACUAACCGAGUUGGAAGAGAUCAAAGAUAAUUUAGAUAACGAUGAUAAUUGUUCCGUGACAAAAGAUAAUGUUACUGAUGCUAUUGAGUUACUGUCUAUCACUGAUGAUCAGCCAGAAUAUUUAAAUGAUAGUGCUUUAGUUGAUAAUUUUGAUGACACUAAAAGUGAAGCAAGCUCUAUUGGAGAAAAUCAACUAGAAGUUGCUACAGUUGUGGAUCCCGAUAAAAAAAAAACGCUGAACCAAAUCAAUAAUCUUCAGUGCUUAUUUACGUGGAAUAUAAAAUCAAAGAACAAGAAAAAUUUAAUUUUAUACAUACGAAAUAAAUAUGGAGAUUAUAACUUAAACAUAACUUCAUCUGAAUUUACAUUUAAAAGGUAGUAUGAUUUUAGAACUAUAAUUAGCAUGGAUCCAAAAGACCCUCUCUUGGUAGUUAACUGUGCUAAAAUAUUAAUGACUCUUCCAAUUAUGGUCCGUGAUUUUGAUUUAGGAAAACAAUAUUUGACAAAAGCCUUUGAAAUGGCACCAAAUGAUGCAACUGUUUCACAAGCAAUUGAAAACACAGUUCAAGCUUAUAAAAAUAUUUCAAAAAAACAGAAACCUUUAACAAAUGUUGCUAAAUCAAAUCAACCCCCGAUGAAGAAUAAAACAUCAAAUUUAGGAUCAGAAAUAGGUGUUAUUGUGAAAAAGCAAAGAAAUGGAGAAGAUCCUGUUCCUUACCUCACUAAUUUGCUCUCUAAAUAUGAUGGAUUUGAUAAAUCAAAAAUUAUGGCUCAGCUUUGUUCUUACACAAUAUUAUUUAAAAAUGAUCUAAGAUCUGGUGUUGAACAGUUUAUUAAGUUGAUGGAACAAUCAGAAAUUGUCAGCAAUGAAAUAAUUACAAAACAUUUUUCAUCAUUUGGUUCAAAGUCUUUUAAUUUACCAGAGCUUAUUUGCAACGAAAUCAGAUUGACUACAAAUUCAAAGGGUACUUCUUCUGAUGAUAUGCUGUAUUAUUUUAAAAUGUUAACUAAAAUUGUAGAAACAUGUAAUUUAAAAAUGAAAGAUGUUGACUCAUCUAUGAAGAGCAAGGUCAUGAUUAAUACUUCAGUUAAACCAGUCAAAUCAGAUAAAUCUACAACAGUGCAAAGUGAAGCUGAAUCAUCGGAUGAAGAGAGCGAUGGURAAAAUAAACCAAAAAAAAUCCAUAAAUCAAAGCACUUGCAAAAUACAGGUCCUAAAGUAUUUUUAAACAAAAAAGCAAAAGCUACCAAUGCCCACUUCAAAAAUAAAAAUAAUGCUUCAGAAAAACCACAGCCAAAAGUAAAUGAUGUUAAUAAAAUGAAAGUUAAAAUGGAAAAGGUUUUGAAUUCUUCUAUUGAAGAAAAUGCCAAACUAUCCUAUGAACCAAAGGAUUUKACUGAAGAAAAGCGACAAAGAAUACAUAAUUAUACUCAGAAGUUAUAUCAAAAUAUUUUAGCUAACACACAGUCACAUUUUAAUUCACCUCAUGUAUCUUCUACUGAAAUUAAUAGCUAUUUUAAUCAAAAUCAUGCAAAUUUUAGCUCACCAAUCCAAUCAAAUCCAUUUCARAACUCUCUACCACCAUUGCUUAGUCUAAGACCCGAARUAAAACCACAAAAUCCAAAACCUAAGCCAAAAACAAAUGUUCAAUCACAUUCAAAAAMAAAAUGAUUUAAGUUUAUUCUGUUUUUGAUUUUUUUUUCCUAAAAUAUACAAGGUUUUUUUUUACUAUACCAUUAAGAAAUUAAAUGUAUCUAUGA